AAAAAUAAACAUAAAAAGAGAGAAGCAGCAGUGAGGAAGGAAAAACCAAAGAAAGAAAAAUGGCUCUGCAAUUCAAUCUUCCAACAUUUCAAUCUCCUCAAAAGCUUCCAUCCUUUGGUUUCCCAAAUGUUGCCAAUGUCAGAUCUUCUAAAAUUUUCAUGGCUUCCGCUCUCCGAACCUCCGCUAAGGAGAUGGAGAAUGCGAAGAAACCCUUCACCCCUCCACGCGAGGUGCAUGUUCAAGUAACCCACUCCAUGCCACCUCAAAAGAUUGAGAUUUUCAAGGGCUUAGAAGAUUGGGCAGAUGACAAUAUCUUGGUACACUUGAAGCCUGUUGAGAAAUGUUGGCAACCACAAGAUUUCCUACCUGACCCAGCCUCAGAUGGGUUCUAUGAUCAAGUCAAGGAGCUGAGAGAGAGAGCAAAGGAGAUCCCCGAUGAUUACUUUGUUUGUCUGGUUGGAGAUAUGAUCACGGAAGAAGCCCUUCCAACAUACCAAACAAUGCUUAACACUUUGGAUGGAGUCAGGGAUGAAACAGGCGCAAGCCCCACUUCUUGGGCUCGUUGGACAAGGGCUUGGACUGCCGAGGAGAAUAGGCAUGGGGACCUUCUCAACAAGUAUCUCUAUCUAUCUGGGCGAGUAGAUAUGAAGCAAAUUGAGAAGACAAUUCAGUAUCUUAUCGGUUCAGGAAUGGAUCCUCGGACAGAAAACAACCCAUAUCUGGGAUUCAUCUACACCUCAUUUCAGGAGAGAGCAACCUUUAUCUCCCAUGGAAACACAGCCAGGCAUGCCAAGGAGCAUGGGGACUUAAAACUUGCACAAAUUUGUGGAACUAUUGCUGCUGAUGAAAAGCGUCAUGAAACUGCAUAUACCAAGAUAUCUGAAAAGCUUUUCGAGAUUGACCCAGAUGGUACUGUAUUGGCUUUUGCCGAUAUGAUGAGGAAGAAAAUUGCAAUGCCAGCUCACUUAAUGUAUGACGGUCAAGAUGACAACCUCUUUGAGCACUUCUCAUCUGUCGCCCAACGCCUUGGAGUUUACACUGCUAAAGAUUAUGCUGAUAUAUUGGAAUUUCUCGUGGGGAGGUGGAAUGUGGCCAAAAUAACUGGUCUCUCAGCUGAAGGACGGAAAGCUCAAGAGUAUGUUUGCGGGUUGACUCCAAGAAUCAGAAGGUUGGAAGAGAGAGCUCAAGCUCUAGCAAAGAAAAACAAGCAAGAUCGUCUGGUGCCUUUCAGCUGGAUUUUCAAUAAAGAAGUGUUGCUUUAAACUGGCAUUACAGAGUUUAAGUUCAGGUGCUCUCUUUACCAAUCUCUUCACACAUUUUAGAGAUUGAAAUGGAAAUUCUGUUUAUUGAGAUCUCAAUGUUCUAUUUUGAUGCUCGCUUUUGUACGAGGAGAUGAAGUAGGGAUUGCAGUUGUUGGAUUGUCCAGUGGGUAUCGUGAUACAGACUGUUAUGCUUCUUUUGCGUGUUUAAUCUCAUAAGUAUAUCGAAUAUUGGGGGGAUUAGGGAGAGAUGGUAUAGUUUGUUUCUCUUUGUUUUUGUUCAAUGUAGUAUAUGGUGGGGCGAUUAGGGAGAGGUAGUAUAGUUUGUUUCUCUUUGUUUUUGUUCAAUGUGUUUCGUUUGUGUGUUUUCUUUUUGGUUUAGAAAUUAGGGUCUCUUUAGUAGUAAUCAUCUAUUGCAUGAGUUUGUGGCUCUAUCAGUAGCGAGUUGGUUUAUAAUGCUGACUAGUGAAUUCGGCACGGGCUAUUUCGCAGGGACAAUAGCUGGGAAAAUUAAAAACACAACUAGUCACAAUGCAUGAGUUUUUUUUGGAGCAAUACAAAUUGUACAACUACUCGGUCCCAUUGAUGUUCUCAAUUUACAGCCGUAAACAUAAGAGCAAUACAAAUUGUACAACUCUAAUAUUGGGCAUAAGAGUGGGUUAUGGAUCAUAUGAUCUUGGUUUGUAUAAGAAACGGUAUUUUCUAUUUUUCA